GCUGGCCAAGAAGCUAUCAGUUCCGAUCUUUCUCGUUUCGUCAAGUUGCCAAGAGAGAAAAGAAGAAUUUAAAUUAAAGCUUUACAGGGAUGGCAGGGUUUGGUUGCUGCUCUCCUGCAAUUCUCUCUUCUCCAAGCAAUCUGGGGACAUCUCAGUUGGUACUCAAGACUUAUCGAGGGGGGAUUGUUAAAGGGAAACCACUGCGUAGAAGAGCUUUGGGGAUCAAAGCAGAAGUUGAAUUUGUGAAUGCUGAGGAAGCGAAGAAGCUCGUUGCUGUUGAUGGGUAUGCAGUGGUAGAUGUGCGUGACAGAACUCAGUUUGAGCGAGCACGUAUAAAACAAUGUUUUCAUGUUCCACUUUUCAUUGAAAACAAAGAUAAUGACUUAGGAACUAUAGUGAAGAGAACUGUGCACAACAAUUUUUCCGGUUUAUUUUUUGGUCUGCCUUUUACUAAACCAAACCCUGAAUUCGUUCAAUCCGUUAGAACCCAAUUUUCACCUGAAAGCAAGCUGCUACUUGUUUGUCAAGAAGGAUUAAGGUCUGCAGCUGCUGCCCAGAAAUUAGAGCAAGCUGGUUUCCAGAACAUAGCAUGCAUAACGUCAGGGCUUCAAUCUGUAAAACCAGGAACAUUUGAUUCUGUCGGUUCCAAAGAGUUAAAAGAUGCAGGCAAGGCCGGUUUAAUUACUAUACAAGGAAAGAUUUCAGCUGUGCUAGGAACUGUACUAAUUUGUGCACUUCUUUUGAUCACAUUAUUCCCUGAUCAAGCAGAAAAGAUACUUCAAAUGACUCCUGCAAGCUAGCCCCAAAGUGUGUUUGGUUUUUUGGAUUGAUCUUUCUUGUAAAUGAUGAUAUCUGAAGAGCAUAGCAGCAUCAUUGUUAGAGCAAAUGUUUGGUUUAGUGUUUGUGUUUGUAAUAGCCAUCAAAGUUUUGGUGUAGUUCUAUGUAUAAUGCUCAAUGCUAUGUAGACUAGAACCCAUGACUCAUUGAAGAUUCAAUUCUGGAAAUGUAAAAUAUUCAUAAGUAAUUCUAUUCAUUACCUAAUUUUCAGAAA